AUAACGGCAGACCGCAGCUUACCACGGUGCCCUUCUCAGCAGACCAACCAGGCGCUCCAAGCCGCAUUCAGAGGAUACAACCGCGCGCCGACCACCCCACUUACACGUUCAGCGCCGUUUACACUACCUAGUAACUGGCAAUCAUGGACCAAAUUAUGGGCGGAGAUGGGGGAUUCCCGCUUGAGACGUGGUUCUGGGAGAUGCCCAUCUGCACAAGGUGGUGGACAACGGCGACAGUCCUGACCAGCGGGCUGGUGCAGUGCCAGCUUCUCACCCCCUUCCAGCUCUUCUACAGCUACCGUGCAGUGUUCCAAAAGUCGCAGUACUGGCGCCUGAUAACAACUUUCCUCUACUUCGGUCCCUUCUCCAUCGACCUCCUCUUCCACGUCUACUUCCUCCAGCGCUACUCGCGCCUCCUCGAAGAGUCGUCGGGCCGGUCGCCCGCGCACUUCUCGUGGCUGCUGCUCUACGCCAUGACCAGCCUCCUGCUGCUCUCCCCGUUCGUCUCGAUGCCCUUCCUCGGCCACCCGCUGUCGUCGACGCUCGUCUACAUCUGGUCGCGCCGCAACCCGGACACGCUCAUGAGCUUCUUGGGCUUGUUGGUGUUCCGCGCGCCAUAUCUGCCGUGGGUGCUGAUGGGCAUCAGCUUUGUGAUCCACGGGACGGUGCCGAGGGACGAGCUCAUGGGCGUGAUCAUUGGCCAUGUGUGGUACUUCUUCAACGACGUUUAUCCGCCACUGCAUCAAGGGUCGAGGCCGCUGGAUCCACCGAUGUGGUGGCGCCGUCUGUUCGAGGGUCGACCGCGUGACGAGACGGCAGACGGAAUUAAUAACGAGAUUGCUGUCGCCGGAGUUGGGAUGCCGCAGCCCGAACUGCGGUGAUUCUGGAUGCAAGCAAGGCUCCAUGAAACUGUUGGAAUGCUUGGGUGUAUAUGGAAUCUCCACGGCAUUACAUAUUGGUGCGGGUCGCAUGGCGUUCGAGGAGUUGCCACACAUUAGCGGAGGGCAUUUGAUUUCGGCAUUGCAUACGGUACUGGCGUUGAGCUGGAGGUUAGGAGGGCGGCGGUAUACUGGAGCCUUGAGUAUAAAGAUUGAAGUAUGCGCUAUGGAACCCAACUCUGCUAGGCAGGAAUUUAGACCUGACAGAAGGAUAAGUAGCUACCACCUUCAAUGGGCACGACCUGGUCUCCAAAUGUACACAUAAACACGAUUUGACAUUCAACUACUCGCUGAUGCUGUCCCCAC